CCCCGUCCCCUCGCCCCGCGCGCAUUCAUUAGGCGCCUACUGUGUACGCACUUGUGGGUCGGGUGCGGGAGCCCAGACCAGCUCAGCAGCUCCCGCGUUCCGGCCCGCGUGCCUCGGACGCUCUCGACACGGCCACGGCCACGGCCACGAGUGUGACCCGCCACCCUGCAGCGCCGAGCGGAAGUCAGCAUGUAUUAGGCGCCGCCUCUGUGGGGGCACCGGGCUUGCGACUCACGUGGGUCCCUGGAGAGCGACAGUAAAUAAGGAGGCUGCGUGGGCGAAGCGCCGUUCUUGAUCCAAAUGGGGACAAGGCUCUGGAUGGAGGGGGUGAAGUGACCAGAAGUGUGCAAGGAUUCGGCUCCUGUGGUGUGCACCUCCGAGAAGGCAGUACCAGGAGACCGAGGGCAGAAAGGAGCAGAAAUGCACAGGCCCUGAGCUCUUACUGCAUGCGGGGCCUCUGCACGGCCGCCUGGAGAGAAGGGCCAAAGGGCUGUGCAGCUGUUAAGCGCCUCCUGUUUGCCAGGGUCCGAGCCAACUGUUGGCAAGGCUGGAGCCCCUUUUGCAGAUGAAGUGACGCCAGGAAGAUGGCACUGAUGCCUGGCACCUGCUGGAUGCCCCCUGCCCCUGGGGCCAUGGGUUGGGGUGGCGUGGGGGGGGGGUUGGAGAGGCUGGAGGGGCGCCCGCUGUAUGCAGUUUCCCUAACGGUCCCCUGUCGCCAGCCCCCGGGGCUGUGCCUGCAGGGUCCCCUCCGAAAGCCGCGGGCGGCGCCGCCCGUGACCGUGGACCUGUACUACGAGAGCCUGUGCGGGGGCUGCCGGAGCUUCCUGGUGCGAGACCUGUUCCCGACGUGGCUCAUGGCCCUGGAGAUCCUCAACGUCACCCUGGUGCCCUAUGGGAACGCUCGUGAGCGCAGCGUGGGCGGCUCGUGGGAGUUCUCGUGCCAGCACGGGGAGCGCGAGUGCGCGCUCAACAAGGUGGAGGCCUGCCUGCUGGACCUGCUGGACUGGGAUGCCGCCUUCCUGACCAUCGUCUGCAUGGAGGAGAUGGAUGAAAUGGAGAAGAACCUGAAGCCGUGCCUGGAGGUGUACGCCCCCCCGGUGUCGCCCAGCGUCAUCCUGCAGUGUGCCACCGGCGAGCGGGGCCUGCAGCUGAUGCACCACAACGCCCAGCUCACCGACGCCCUGCAGCCGCCGCACGAGUUCGUGCCCUGGGUCGUCGUCAACGGCAAACCUCUGAAAGAGCUCGGCCAGCUCCUCAGCCUCGUGUGCCACUUGUACCAGGGCGAGGACAAGCCGGACGUGUGCUCGUCCAUGCCCGCCUCCCCCCGCACGGUCUGCUACAAGUGAGGCUGGCUCGGUGGGCCAGGACUCAGCAGAGGACGUCACCCGGCAACUGCAGAGCUUCUACAUAGACCGCAAAGCCCGGACCCAAAGCUCCACCACGACCAGGGCCUCACCGUGUGCUGCUCAGUUUACACUCGUUGAGGAAAAUAAUAAACCCCCCUUUUGAUUUCUGUGACUCCGUUCUCCUGGAUGGGGCCUCAUUGCCUGGGACGGAUUUCCUCCUACCUGUGCCUCCAGAGUAGCUGGGAUCACAGGCGUGCGGCACCACACCCAGCUUAUGGAUCGAGAUGGCAUCUUGCUAACUUUUUACCAAGCUCCCAGUCUCCACCUGCCAAGGAGCGGGGAUGAUACGUGGGGGCCACCGUGUCCAGCUGCGUGUUUGACAGCCGACAACCGACCCCCCUCCCCGGAGCCCUAGAGAGGCCUAGCCUAGGGUCCAUCCCUGAGAACACCAGCACUGAGAAUGGGGUUUUGAAGGGUGAGUAGGAGCUCGUUGGGCAGAUCGCACAGGGGAUCAUGGACUGCUUAUAGGAAAGUUUCAGAAAACGGGGGGUGGGGGCCGCCCAUGUCAUCAGCCUGGCCGUGGUGCUUGUGACACUGACCCUGCGGGUCGGGUCAGGACAGGACAGGACGGGGACAGGUGCCUUCCUAAUUCCUGG